AUGUCGGAAACAAUGUUUGAUGCUCGUGCGUAUUGUAAAAUCAUGCUGCACGCAGCGAAGUAUCCGCAUUUAGCUGUAAACGGAUUACUUUUGGCAGAAAAUGGUAAGCCAAACGUGAUUGUUGAUGUGGUACCUCUGUUUCAUCAAUGCCUUCAUGUGUCACCCAUGGCUGAAGUAGCGAUGGUUCAGGUCGAAGUUAAAGCAUCCCAAAAAGGACAACUGAUUGUUGGAUAUUACGUGGGAUGCGAGAAUUUCUACGACAACCGAUUUGAGCGGGCACCGGGUAUACGGAUUGCGGAUAAAAUAGCCGAACAUUGUUCCGAUGCUUGUGUUGCAGUUAUCGAUAACCGUGCUAUUUCGAUUAAUAUGCGCUAUCCAGCAUUAAGGAUUUGGCAAUAUCGAGACAAUCGCUGGCUGAAAGCAAAAUGUGUCGUAGAAAAUGAUCACGUUACUUUUGAUGCUGUAUCCUGCUUGUUACAGCGUGGCGCUGCAAAGGAAUUGCAUGACUAUGAUAAUUACCUGGACAACACGCAAAACGAUUGGAAUAACGUGCAUUUUAACGGAGAUUUGAAGCAAAUUCUUUCCAUGUUUUAA